UAUGUCUUCAAGAGAGAGAUCAGAGUAGAUCCUUGUCAUUUCCUACUCGUUGGAAGCUGACAACGCCCCGCCACCUCAAAAGUUCCGGACACGAGAAUGUCGGAAACAGACGGCGUCCAGAUCAUCCGUCUACUCCACCCCACCGAUGAAGAAAAAGAUCGAUGCCAAGAAGUCCUCUUUGAAGGGUUCAAAUCUAACAACUUAUCCCAUCGCAUAUCUUCACCCCAACACCCCCUCCCCCUCUCAGACCACCGCCGAAACGUGUACCACCGGCACAAGAUCGAUUGUGCCUCUAUCGACUGUGAGAUUUGGGUCGUCAAGGUGGCACCGGAAAGGGAAGGAGAGGGGCAGGCGGAAGAAGAGGGGGAUGGGGAUGGGGAGAUUGUUUGUGUUGGACUUGUUGUACCGCCUGGGAAGGAAUUAUUCGAUACAGAAGAGAAGGCGGUGAUACAUGAAGCAGCUCUAGACGAGCUCGACCCUUCGGCCAAAGCAUGGUUCGAAAACGAGUUCAUCCCCCACGCCGCCAAAGAAACAGACCUCCUCCCGUACGGCAACGACAAAAGACACCACGUCCAAGCCCUCUCCACCCACCCCUCCUUCGCCCACCGCGGCCUCGCACGCCGUCUGCUCAAGGCGGUGGAAGAGAGAGCGAGGGGGCAGGGGUGUAGGGUGGGGUUGAAUACUACUACGGCUGAACUUGCUGGGUUUUAUGAGAGGUGUGGGUUUAGAAGGGUUUAUAGUACGGUUUUGGAUUGGCAGUUGGAUGGGUUGGAUACGUUUGAUUUUUAUAUUUUGGUCAAUGAUUGUGGUCUGCAGGGAGAGGGCCCUUGA